GACCUCGCUAGCAGCUCGGAGUGUGUGUGAAGCAGACACACACAUCACUUUGGUGUUAUGUAGUGUGUCUGGACGGCAUAAUUGGCACUAUGGCUGCGAAGAAGCAACACUUACGGGUCUUCUGGAGCGGAAGAGGCGACUGUUUAAUGUGAUUUUUCUCCCCUUAAAUAUCACGCAACAGAACAAAAGCUCAAAGAACCGUUGACGUUACUUGACAGCGGUUGUUUUUGUUGUCGGCGGUUGGUUAGCAUUGUUAGCACGUUAGCCGAUAAGCUAAGCAGGUUCCCUCUGCUAAGCCUGUUGUCGGCGGUUGGUUAGCAUUGUUAGCACCUUAACCGCUAAGCUAAGCAGGUUCCCUCUGCUGAGCCUGUUGUUGUCGGCGGUUGGUUAGCAUCGUUAGCCGCUAAGCCAAGCAGGUUCCCUCUGCUCAUCCGGCCGGGUUUGGACGGUGGGAGCCCGGGUUGGUGGGUGAUGUUGUCCGUGCUGUCCUACGGUAGACUGGUAGCCAGAGCUGUCAUCGGCGGACUCUCUCAGACCGACGGCCGCGACUACAGCCUGGUGACGGCGAGCUGCGGCUUCGGGAAGGACUUUCGGAAAGGCAUCCUGAAGAAAGGGAUGUGUUAUGGGGACGACGCGUGCUUCAUCGCCCGACACAGAUCCGCCGAUGUUCUGGGCGUGGCAGAUGGAGUGGGCGGCUGGCGGGACUAUGGAGUGGACCCGUCUCAGUUCUCGGGGACGCUGAUGAAGACGUGUGAGCGGCUGGUGAAGGAGGGCCGCUUCGUCCCCAGUAACCCGGUGGGGGUCCUCACCAGCAGCUACUACGAGCUGCUGCAGAACAAAGUGCCGCUGCUGGGCAGCAGCACGGCCUGCAUCGUGGUGCUGGACCGGCGGAGCCACCGUCUGCACACGGCCAACCUCGGGGACUCUGGGUUCCUGGUGGUGCGGGGGGGGGAGGUGGUGCACCGCUCCGACGAGCAGCAGCACUACUUCAACACGCCCUUCCAGCUGUCCAUCGCCCCCCCGGGAGCCGAGGGGGCCGUGCUCAGCGACAGGUGAGACACACACACAGACACACACACGCACACACACCUACCUGAAUACACCUCGUGAGGAUCAGAUUACUUCAUUUGAUCGAUAGUAGUAUGUAUUUGUACAUAUAUGUAUUGGACUCUCUUCUGUGAAGCAGUUCAGUUUGUUUGUAGGCCAACAUUUACCUGCAGCUAUACCUGAUCAUUCAAAACAAUAUUUGAACACAUUUCUUGCUUUUUGACAAAUAUUGUGCUCACUGAAAAUUGCACAAGUCUUUAUUGCGAUUUCCAUGGACCAUUAACUGGUAUCGAGAGUCGUGGACUUUCCCUAUCAUUGGUACUAACUUCUUCAUUCUGGUAUUGUGAUGUAUUCAAAACCGCUACACUGUAGGGUUAGGCAAUGAAAGUCCCAACAAUGCAAGAGACACAUCAGUGUGAAUGCAUGCAUGAGCUCCUGCAGACCAAACAAAGGCGCUUAGCAGAACCAGCGUCAGGACCCUUUGUCCCUGGUGUGUCCCUGGUGUGUCUCUGUGCAUGUCUUCAGUGUUGUGGUGCAGCUCUGCAGACGUCAGGACACUUUGUCCCUGGUGUGUCUCUGUGCAUGUCCUCAGUGUUGUGGUGCAGCCACGCGCAGCUCUGCAGACGGCAGGACGCUUUGUCCCUGGUGUGUCUCUGUGCAUGUCCUCAGUGUUGUGGUGCAGCCACGUGCAGCUCUGCAGACGUC